AUGAGGAGCAACAACAAUAACAAAUGGCAGCAUCAAACACAAGGACACAGAGAAUUAUUUACGUGGGAAAACUUUCUCAAUAAGAAGAGCAAACAACAGAGGCGGCAGAACAAAUUGAAAGCAUAUAACUUAUCUUCACUUUUAGAGUCCCUUCCUGAGUUGAAGGCAUCGCGGAAACCAGGUCGCAACGAUGACUUCAAAUUGAAUUGUAAAUCUAGGCAAAAGCUAGUAAUGAAGGAAGGAGAUCAAUUGUUUGCUGUUCUUAAGGAUCUUAACUUUCAAGCAGAUCCCCUGUCUGCCAUUUAUCAAUGCCUACAAAACACACAGCUGAUUGUUGAGGAACAACCCAAGAAAAAAGUGAACAAAAAUGGAUCCAAGAAGAAGAAAUCGAAGGCCUCAACUGGACAACAGUCUAUGGAAAUGUAG